CAUGUAUGGAAGCGAAAGCAGAAAAGCACAGAUAAGCUGCGAUCCAGCUAUGCAAACCAUCCUUAGAGACACUUAAAGGACAAGCGCGCCGGCUCCUUUCCUCAUGGUGAACGCAGAGGCGCAGCCGGAGCGGGGCUGCUCUUCCCUCCCGCUCUGCCCCCGGCUGCAGCCACUCGCCCAGGGUUGAGGACAUUUGGGAGCUGUUUGGCGGAGAUGGCCAUGUCACGAGCAACUUAUCCCCCUGCCUUCCCGGUGGGUUUCCACCUCCUGAGCGUCGUGGUGGUGUUGCUCUUCCACGCAGACGGUGUAUGUGCGGAGAGCCCGAGUGAAGAGCCAGCAAAUGAGACAGAGGAGUGCACUGGCUCAUACAUCUGCAAGAAAGGUGUGAUUUUACCAAUAUGGGAACCCCAAGACCCCUCGUUUGGUGACAAAAUCGCUCGGGCAACAGUGUAUUUUGUAGCAAUGGUGUACAUGUUCUUGGGAGUAUCCAUCAUAGCUGAUCGCUUCAUGUCCUCCAUUGAAGUCAUUACAUCCCAAGAGCGGGAGAUAACCAUCAAGAAGCCCAAUGGCGAGACCAGCAAAACCACAGUGAGGAUCUGGAAUGAGACCGUUUCCAACCUCACACUGAUGGCCUUGGGCUCAUCAGCCCCUGAGAUCCUCCUAUCAGUCAUCGAAGUGUGCGGUCACGGCUUCACAGCGGGGGACUUGGGGCCAAGCACAAUUGUAGGAAGUGCUGCGUUUAACAUGUUUGUCAUCAUUGCGAUCUGCGUGUACGUCGUUCCUGAUGGAGAGAUAAGGAAGAUCAAGCACUUGCGAGUGUUUUUUGUUACAGCGGCCUGGAGCAUCUUUGCCUAUACUUGGCUUUAUAUUAUUUUAUCUGUGUCAUCUCCUGGGAUUGUGGAAGUUUGGGAAGGCUUGCUCACUUUCUUCUUCUUCCCUAUCUGUGUGGUGUUUGCAUGGGUAGCUGACAGGAGGCUUUUAUUUUACAAGUAUGUCUACAAGAAAUACCGGGCUGGCAAGCAGAGAGGCAUGAUCAUUGAACACGAGGGUGACCGACCCUCCUCCAAAGCUGAUAUUGAGAUGGAUGGAAAGAUGGCCAAUUCUCAUGUGGAGAACUUCUUGGAUGGGACACUGGUGUUGGCAGUCGAUGAGAAAGACCAGGACGAUGAGGAAGCCAGGAGGGAAAUGGCUCGGAUCCUGAAGGAGCUGAAACAAAAGCACCCUGACAAGGAAAUUGAGCAGCUUAUUGAGCUGGCCAACUACCAGGUCCUGAGCCAGCAGCAGAAGAGCAGGGCCUUUUACCGCAUCCAGGCCACCCGGCUCAUGACCGGAGCUGGCAACAUCUUGAAGAGACAUGCUGCAGACCAGGCUCGCAAAGCUGUCAGCAUGCAUGAAGUCAAUAGCGAGGUAGCAGAAAAUGAUCCCAUCAGCAAGCUCUACUUUGAGCAGGGCACCUAUCAGUGUCUGGAGAACUGUGGCACAGUUGCCUUGACCAUCAUUCGCCGAGGAGGUGACUUAACCAACACAGUGUACGUUGACUUCCGGACAGAGGACGGGACAGCCAAUGCCGGCUCUGACUAUGAGUUCACUGAAGGGACGGUAGUCUUCAAGCCCGGGGAGACCCAGAAGGAAAUCCGGGUUGGCAUAAUCGACGAUGACAUUUUCGAGGAGGAUGAGAAUUUCCUGGUCCAUCUCAGCAAUGUCCGUGUGAGCACUGAAGCCUCAGAUGAGAGCAUUCUUGAGGCUGGUCGUGUCUCAACGCUCGCUUGCCUUGGCUCUCCAUCUACUGCCACUGUCACCAUCUUUGAUGAUGACCACGCUGGCAUCUUUACCUUUGAGGAGCCAGUUACGCAUGUCAGCGAGAGUGUGGGGACCAUGGAAGUGAAAGUUCUGCGAACCUCUGGUGCACGAGGAAAUGUUAUUGUGCCCUACAAAACCAUUGAAGGUACAGCCAAAGGUGGAGGAGAGGACUUUGAAGACACCUGCGGGGAGCUGGAGUUCCAGAAUGAUGAGAUAGUCAAAACGAUAUCAAUCAAGGUGAUAGAUGAUGAGGAGUAUGAGAAAAACAAGACCUUCUACCUAGAGAUCGGGGAGCCCCGGCUUGUGGAGAUGAGUGAGAAGAAAGCCCUGUUGUUGAAUGAGCUUGGUGCCUUCACCGUCACAGGCAAGCUGCGGCACGGCCGGCCCGUCUUCAGGAAGGUCCAGCCUCGAGAGCGGCCGCUGCCCCGCGCCGUGGUCGCCAUCCGAGAGGCGUGCGAGGAGAAGCAGCCGCUGACCAGCAAGGAGGAGGAGGAGCGCCGCAUCGCCGAGAUGGGCCGCCCGGUCCUGGGCGAGCACGCCAAGCUCGAAGUCAUCAUCGAGGAGUCCUACGAGUUCAAGAAUACUGUGGACAAGCUCAUCAAGAAGACGAACCUGGCGCUGGUGGUUGGAACGAACAGCUGGAGGGAGCAGUUUAUCGAGGCUAUUACUGUCAGCGCCGGGGAAGACGACGAUGACGAUGAAUGCGGGGAGGAGAAGCUGCCCUCCUGCUUUGACUACGUGAUGCACUUUCUGACCGUCUUCUGGAAGGUCCUUUUCGCCUUUGUGCCCCCAACAGACUACUGGAACGGCUGGGCCUGCUUUGUCGUCUCCAUCCUCAUGAUUGGCCUCCUGACAGCUUUCAUCGGCGACCUGGCAUCCCAUUUUGGCUGCACCAUCGGCUUGAAGGACUCCGUUACUGCAGUCGUGUUUGUCGCACUGGGAACGUCAGUGCCUGACACAUUUGCCAGCAAAGUGGCAGCGACGCAGGACCAGUACGCGGAUGCCUCCAUCGGGAACGUCACCGGGAGCAAUGCUGUGAACGUUUUCCUGGGCAUCGGGGUGGCCUGGUCCAUCGCGGCCAUCUACCAUGCGGCACACGGACAAGCCUUCCAAGUCUCGCCCGGCACCCUGGCCUUCUCCGUCACCCUCUUCACCAUUUUUGCUUUUAUCAGUGUGGGUGUGCUGCUCUACCGGCGGAGACCCGAGAUCGGAGGUGAGCUGGGUGGGCCGCGGACUUCCAAGCUGCUCACAUCCUCACUCUUUAUCCUUCUUUGGCUCUUGUACAUAUUCUUCUCAUCUCUGGAAGCCUACUGCCACAUAAAGGGCUUCUAAAGGAACAAUCAGAGAUAGUAAAUAUAUAUAUAUCUAUAUGUAUCUAUAUAGAGCAAUAUAUAGGUAUAGAUAUAGAUAUAACGCUGUGUAUAAUGAACAGAGAAAGAAUAAGAGAUUUGCCAUGUUCACACACCUGCUGAUGGAAAGCGGCUUUGGAGCGUUCUUUGAACUAGACAGGACCCCAAAGCCGGCAGCACCCCGGCCGGGAGCAGCGGCCGCGGCGCGGCGGCGCCUGGACGCCGGGCCCUCUCUGCGACGCCACCGCCCAGCGCAGCCGAGAAGAGACCGCGGCCUUUCCUCUCGCUCUCUCCCGCCCGCCACCCGCCCCGGCGAGGAUGGAUGUGACCGCAGCCGGGGCGCACCGGCCGGGGGGAGGCCAGAGUAGCUGGCGAGAAGUGGAGCGGUGGGCAAGGGAAGGCGAGGAGAGAGUGGGUGCUGACUUCUGCAAAACAUCCGUUUGCCUUCGCCACUCGGGAACGGCCCCUCGCAGCCCCGUUGUCAAGAAGCCGGCGACCGGACUGGAGGAAAGGGGAGCCUGGGAGCUUUCUGAGGAUAAACCACCACCUUUUCCGUCGUCUGAUUUUUUUUUUUUUUUUUUUUUUUUGGUUGGUUGGUUUGCUUUUUGUCCGUCCGUCCGUCCGUUCUGUUUCGGCGUGUGUACAGUUAGCAUUUCUCCCUCCGGCCCGCCUUCGCCCCCCGCCCUCUGUGCUUCGGAGGUGCCCAGCCCCACCCUCGUGUCCGCCGUCCUAAGGCCAAGCCGAGGCCCCGCAGCGCGGCGCGGGCUCCCCGCAGCGCGGCGCGGGUCCCUGCCGCGCGCGCGCCCCUGGAGGCAUGCUCUCGUGGUACUUGUAGCAUUUUGCAUGACUGAAACGAGCCCUAUCUGUAUAUAGCAUCCUGUAGCGAUAGUCCUGCCGGCCGCGUGGGCUGAGCAUUGCAGAUACAAGUGCUUUCCUUUCACCUGGCUUUAUUUAUUUUUAGUUUAGUUCCUCCAUAGGUUUCUGUUCGUUUUUGCUUCCUCUUACCAGGGGUAAGAGGAGGGACCGCUUGCCCCACGCGCGGCUCCCCGGGAGCCAAGAGCCGCAGGGCGCGGGGAGGUUCCCAGGGCAGGGAACGGCUCCAGCCUCCCGCGUGGCCCGGCUUUCCUGGCCAAGGGAAGGGAAGGGAAAGCAGCCGGGAGAAGAGCUGUCGUCUCCCUGCGAUCGGCCGGGCUCGGCGUCGCCCCCGGGGCGCCUGCGGAGGAGGCGCUCGGUGCCGCCGGCGAGCCAGAGCCCGUGGCCCUGCGCGGCCGCCGGUGGCACCUGCCGAGGCGGCCGACGCUGCUGCCCCAACCCGCUGCCCGGGGGUGGUCGUGCUCACUCUGAACAGCCAUCCGAGGAAAUUUUAGCUACCCGGCUGUAAGAUUUCCUCUAGGAGCAUAAGAAUUUUUUUUUUAAUUAUUAUUUUAUUUUUUCCCCCUUGUCAAACCUUUUUCUCCCUGUUGGAGGGUUCUUGGGGCUUUCCUGCUGCUUCUUCCUCGUUGCUCUGGGGGGGGGGGGGGGGGGAAGCAGCGAGGACAAACGCAGGCGGCUCAGGAUCCCGGUGACGUUUCUGUGCAAUGGUUUCGUUUUCAUUUGUUUGGCUUCCUUGAGUUUUCUUCGUGUGUAUUGCCCACCACUAUAGGCAGCGAGUCCACUAAUUGUGAUGAUCCUUAUCAAUGGUACACAAUGCACAGCCAAAUAAAGUUUGUAAAGAUUCCUGACGGA